AUGGAGGUCCCUGUAAUUAAGCUUGGGGGAAAGCUUGGGAGUUCCUUACAAAUUGACCUUGGCGUGAAUACUGUUGGGGAGCUAUUGCAGUUCUCAGAAGAGAAGCUACAAGAACGUUAUGGCGUAAAUACCAGAACUUGGUUAUGGAACAUUGCCAGGGGAAUUAGCGGGGAAGAGGUAGAGGGUCGCCUUCUUCCCAAAAGUCAUGGUUCUGGGAAGACACUUCCUGGCCCCCGGGCUUUGAAAAAGAUUGCUUCAGUUGAACACUGGCUUAAUGAACUUUGUGAAGAACUGAGUGAACGUCUUCAUUCUGACCUGGAGCAGAAUAAGCGAAUUGCACAUACACUCACUUUGCAUGCCAGAGCUUUCAAGUCCAGUGACUCUGAGUCGCAGAAAAAUUUUCCUUCCAAGUCAUGUCCAUUGAGGUAUGGCUCUGCCAAGAUCAAAGAAGAUGCCCUAAACCUAUUUCAAGCGGGGUUACGUGAAUACCUUGGCUCACACAGAAUCAAGGCUCAGGGAAGUCACUACAAUGGAUGGGGAAUAACUUCUCUUUCUGUUACGGCCAGCAAAAUAGAUGCUAUUCCAUCUGGGACAUGUUCAAUCAUGAAAUACUUUCAUGGCCAAGAUCAGUCCAACUGUUCGUCCAAGCAAGUGAAUGACAGAUUUGUCACAGAGGCUGCACCAUUGUCACCCUCUGGAACUGAAAGAUAUCCAAAGUUGCAUACAACUGAACUGCCCAUAGAAUUCCGUGAGGAAGAAACAAGGAUUAGGCACAUGAUGCUUUCAUCCAAGAAACUUCAGCAUUGUCAUCCUCAGGUAGUGAUCUUGCUCCUUGGCUUUGAUCCGGUCAUUCUUUUCCUUCUACCUUCUUUGUUAAUUUCUUUUGUUUUCAUUUUAUCUUCCUUUUGCAUUAUUAGCUCAUGGAUUUGCAUUAGCAUAUCAUAUGGUCAGUUUUAUUUGCGUUAGUCUUUUGGGUCUGUUUCUUAUUGAGA